ACUUAUUGCCGUUUUUUCAAACAUCCGUCAACUUCCCGUGGUUGGCAGUGGUGAAUCGAGUAUGUCUACUGGUGAAUGUGCUGGUGCUCUGAUACUAGAAGAUGGUUCGGUAUUCAAUGGAUUCUUAUAUGGUGCUAAGACUCCUCAGUCUGGGGAAGUGGUUUUUCAGACAGGAAUGGUGGGUUAUGUAGAAUCUUUGACCGACCCAUCAUACCACUCCCAAUUACUGGUACUAACAUAUCCAUCUAUCGGUAAUUAUGGUGUUCCAUCACUGGACGAUAUUGACGAAUCCGGUUUGCCUAAGUGGUUUGAAUCAAGCCAAAUAUAUGCUAAAGGGCUAAUUGUUUCUGAGUUGUGUGAAGAGUUUUCUCACUUUUCAGCAGUCAAGUCACUUAGUCGUUGGUUAUAUGAAAGUGGUGUUACAUGUAUAAGUGGAAUCGAUACGCGAUCCCUAACCCUAAAGCUUAGACAACAUGGUACGCUUCUGGGAAAAAUUAUUCCCCUUUCACUUCGUCCAGAAACGUUCGAUUGGAUCGACCCUUCUAAAAGUAAUCUAGUUUCGGAAGUAAGCAGAACUGAUAUCAAAGUCUUCAACCCUCAUGGAGAUGUUCAUAUCGCUGCACUAGAUUGCGGGAUGAAGUUUAAUCAAAUACGCUGUUUUGUCAGGAGAGGUGCAAAGGUGACGGUUUUGCCCUGGUCAAGUGACCUAACUAAAACUGAAACAAAUUAUGAUGCACUAUUUAUUAGUAAUGGUCCUGGAGACCCUAUUCAAUGUAAGGGUAUUAUUGACCAGAUUCGAGGAUGGAUGACCACAAAAAAGCCUUUAUUUGGCAUUUGCUUAGGUCACCAGUUAGUUGCUUUGGCAUGUGGUUUCAAAACAUACAAAAUGAAAUAUGGAAAUAGAGGUCACAACCAACCUUGUGUUCACUUGCCUACUGGACGCUGUUUUAUAACCAGUCAGAAUCAUGGAUAUGCAGUUGACACUAAAAACAUUCCGGAUGGCUGGUAUGAAUUGUUUCGGAAUAAAAAUGACCGGUCAAAUGAAGGUCUUGCUCAUUACACUCAUCCAUGGAUGACUGUUCAAUUUCACCCUGAACAUAUGGCUGGACCAAGCGACCUGGAGUUUUUGUUUGAUGUUUUCCUAAGUUACACCCGAUCAUCUGGUGGACAAAGUUUAAGUGAUUGUCUAACGAAUCACAUUUCCUAUAAGCAGGAGGAAUUUGAAAGAGUGCUUUGCAGUAAAGACAAUAAACCAAGAAAGGUUUUGCUUCUAGGUUCUGGCGGUUUAUCAAUUGGUCAGGCUGGGGAAUUUGACUAUUCUGGUAGUCAGGCUCUUAAGGCCCUUCGAGAAGAAGGUGUUCAAACGUUACUGAUCAAUUCAAAUAUUGCAACUGUACAGACGACCGAAGGAAUGGCUGACAAGAUAUUUUUACUUCCAAUCGCACCAGAUUCUGUUGCCCGCGUGAUAAAAGCAGAGCGCCCAGAUGGUCUUCUAAUAGCUUUCGGUGGUCAGACUAGUUUGUCAUGUGGUCUCGCUUUGACAAAGGUUGGGUCAAGUUCUUUAAUUCCGGAUCUUAAAGGUGAAGAUUCAAAGAAAUCAAAUGUGUUAGAUUUAUAUAAUUGUCGGAUUUUGGGUACUUCCAUAUCUGCCGUUGAAAUAACAGAAGAUAGAGAACUAUUUGCAACAGCCAUGCGAUCUAUAGGAGAAAAAGUUGCUCCAGCAAAUGCAGCGACCUCUGUGCAGGAUGCGGUCAAAGUUGCAAAUGAUCUUGGUUAUCCUGUGCUUGUACGUGCAGCCUUCGCAUUAGGAGGAAUGGGGUCAGGGUUUGCUGAAAACGCUACUGAACUAGAACGACUGGCUGGUAAAGCCUUAGCUCAGACGACUCAAAUUUUCAUCGACAAAUCUUUGAAGGGAUGGAAAGAAGUUGAGUAUGAGGUUAUACGUGAUGCUUAUGACAACUGUAUUACAGUCUGUAACAUGGAAAAUGUCGAUCCUGUAGGCAUUCACACCGGGGAAUCUAUUGUUGUAUCACCAAGUCAAACACUCUCGAAUGUUGAGUAUUAUAUGUUACGGUCAGUUGCAAUUAAAGUCGCUCGUCAUUUGCGGAUUGUUGGUGAAUGCAAUAUCCAGUUUGCGUUAGACCCACAUUCUUUGAACUAUUACAUCAUUGAAGUAAAUGCCCGACUGUCUAGAAGCUCUGCACUCGCUAGUAAAGCCACUGGUUAUCCUAUAGCCUAUAUAGCUGCCAAACUUAGCUUGGGUAAGAGUCUCCCGGAACUUACAAAUAGUGUAACUGGUGGUCUCACCACAGCAUGUUUCGAACCUAGUUUAGAUUACUGUGUUGUGAAAGUUCCACGCUGGGAUUUAGAGAAGUUUUCUAGAGUGAGCCGUAAAAUUGGCAGCUCCAUGAAAAGCGUUGGUGAAGUAAUGGCAAUAGCACGCUGUUUUGAAGAGGCUUUACAAAAAUCUCUUAGAAUGACGAACGAAAGCGUCUCUGGAUUUGAUGGCUCACUCGAAGCUCCUGAUGAAAAUGAUUUAUCUGAUCCUACGGAUAUACGAAUCUACAAAUUGUCUGCAGCACUACGAUCUGGCUGGUCAGUUGAACAUCUUCAUGCACUUACUUCCAUAGAUCCAUGGUUUCUAUAUCGCAUGCGCUCCAUUGUUAAUUGUGCAAAAGAGUUGGAAUCGCUACAUGAAGGCGCUCUCGCAAAUGCUAUGAAGUUAUUGGAGUGUAUACCAACAACCGUUCCAGACAACAGCUCCUUUUAUACUUUAGUGCGACAUGCUGAAAAAGUGAUGAUCGCUAAAAGGCUCGGUUUCAGUGAUGUUCAGUUAGCUCGUGCUUUACGUUCGACUCCAGUCAUGGUUCGCUGGUUUCGUAAACACCUUAACUUAAACCCACUGAUCCGUUUAGUCGACACUGUGGCAGGAGAAUGGCCUGCAACUACAAAUUAUCUUUACACAACGUAUGCAGAUAUUCCAUUAGGCAAUAUUCAACAUCUACUCAAAUCUUUCCAUGACUGUCAAACGGAAACUUUAGUACCACAGGAAAUGAUAGAUUUACUAUUAAAGUGCAUGAAUGUGACCAAAAUUCAUGAUGUCUUACCUGAGCAAAAAUCAAGCGUUAUGGUUCUUGGCUCUGGAGUUUAUCGUAUUGGCUCUAGUGUUGAAUUCGACUGGUGCGCUGUCGGUUGUGUCAAGGAACUUCGACGCUUAGGAUGGAAAACAGUUAUCAUCAACUGUAAUCCCGAAACUGUAUCAACUGAUUUUGAUAUGUGUGACCGACUCUAUUUUGAUGAACUAUCUCUUGAACGUGUUCUAGAUAUAUAUGAAUUCGAAUCACCCAUAGGUGUUAUCGUAAGCAUGGGUGGCCAAACACCAAAUAAUAUCGCUAUGCCAAUACAUCGCUUAGGUGUACCUAUUCUCGGCACAAGUGCUGAGUCCAUUGACAAUGCUGAAAAUCGUUUCAAGUUUUCACGUUUGUUAGACUGUAUCGGGUUGUCACAGCCUAGAUGGAAAGAACUCACUGAUAUUGAUUCAGCCAAGGCCUUCUGUGAAGAAGUCGGUUACCCGUGUCUCGUUCGACCAAGCUACGUGUUAUCUGGUGCUGCUAUGAAUGUUGCAAACGAUCAUGAUCAAUUAAUUACAUUCCUGACUGCCGCAAAAAAUAUUAGUCCAGAACACCCAGUUGUUAUAAGUCAAUUUAUUUUGGAUGCCAAAGAAAUAGAUGUUGAUGCUGUUGCACAAUCUGGUCGUCUAGUUGCAAUGGCUGUCUCUGAACAUGUUGAGAAUGCUGGUGUUCAUUCAGGUGAUGCAACACUUGUCACCCCCCCUCAAGACCUCAACGAAGAAACUCUGAAACUUAUCAAAGAACUAGUUCGAGCUUUGGCAGAUGAACUUGAAGUAUCGGGUCCAUUCAACUUACAACUUCUUGCUAAAGACAAUCGUCUUCUAAUCAUAGAAGCAAACUUAAGAGUUUCCCGUUCUUUUCCAUUUGUAUCUAAAACACUUAAGUAUGAUUUUAUAGCAGCUGCUACACGAGCCAUUCUUGGUGCAGCACGUGAUGCCAUACAUCCCCCAUUUGAUACGCCUAAUUCAAAGCUGGAAAGAUUGUCCCUAUCCAAGUCCUUUCUUGAGCCAUCUGUCAACAUUUUGGAGAACACUAUAGGAUAUGUUGGUGUAAAGGUUCCGGUAUUCUCUUUCGCACGCCUUUUGGGUGCUGAUGUUUUGUUGGGUGUCGAAAUGGUCAGUACUGGUGAAGUAGCAUGUUUUGGUGUUGAUCGCUAUGAAGCCUAUCUCUUAGCACAAGCCGCUGCAUUAUGUAAUACAAAUGGACUCCUUCCAAAACCAGGUGAUAAUGUAUUCUUAUCUAUAGGAAGUUAUCGUCAUAAAUUGGAAAUGCUUCCAAGUGUUAAACAGUUACACCAACUUGGAUACAAAUUAUACGGAAGUUGUGGAACUGCUGACUUCUAUCAAACUCAAGGCAUUUCUAUCAUCCCAGUGGAAUGGCCUUACGAAGAAUCAGAUAUAUGCAUUUAUGAUAAUAAAAUUCAAAAUAAUAUGGAUGCAAGUUCAAAAGACGGUACAAUUCAGCAAUAUCUUAAAGAUAAACUGUUUUCAUUGAUUGUUAGUUUAUCAUUGAAAAAAGUGGGAUCUCGGCGUCUUUCAGCCUUUGUUACACGUGGUUAUCAAACUAGACGUCUUGCCGUUGACACAAACGUACCUCUUCUAACUGAUGUAAAACUGGCUAAACUUCUUAUCGAAGCUCUUUAUCGUUAUUUUCAUGGACAGAGUGCUAAUAAAACAUUGAUAAAAUCUGAAGACAAUGAAUAUAACGUAUAUAAGCAAUCAUUCCUUCAUCGUUUACUUCCAUUGCACUCAAUAACUUCUAGUCAAAUAAUAUAUUUGCCAGGUUUGAUCGAUAUUCACGUCCACACCAGGUAAUGUUUUAUGCAAUAGUCACGUUGUACUGUUUUUAUAUUUAUUUACUGAUGACCGGAUAAAAUGCAGCAUAGUGAUGAGUAGAAACAUGUCAUUAGACUAUCCUAAUUAGAAAGACUUGAGCUGUUCCACAAUUUGUUUGAUAUUCUCUGUAAUACUGGCGUUUGAUUCCUUAACUAUUGAUGAAAAUCACGAUGUAGUUAUUAAAUGGUGUAUCAUACAUCUAAUGUAAGUUAUAGCUAAUUCAGUUCGUUAACGAAGUGCCGAUUCUUGUACUCACUUUGAAAUUACACUUGUGUAAAAGUGACUCACUAAGGUACUGGACAAAUUAAAAUCAGUGAUAAAUAUUAGAGUCUGUUAUCAGUGUCAAAAAUCAAGUUAUUGAACAAUUGAAUUACAGAUACACAUUGUUUUAUUUAUGGAUAUUGCAUAACUGGAUUUCAGUGUUCUGAUUAAACAAUGCUAAACAAGGUUUGUGUUUAGUUUGGAUCAAUGGCUAUUUUUGGACUUUAAAAGUCCAUAAUUCGCUAAAUUUGAUAAAACACCUAAAGUUACCAUCCAUUCUGUAAAUUUGAGAACUCAUUGACCAAAUAAAUCCCUAAUCAUUCUGGAAAGUUGUAACUUGAUCCAACAGAAUGAUGCUACGAUUUCCUUUUCACUCACUUCAAAAGCCUUAGAAAACUCAUGUGGAUAAAUAAAAUAGGAACUGUAAUAAUUGAGUAAGCUAUUUUAAUAAAUGAAAUCACUUAUUUGAUUAGUGUUACAUUUAAUUAGUCAGUAAAAAAUGGGCAAAGGCCAGCUCUAAUGGCAAAUGAUUGGAAUAGUUGUCUAACUGAGGUUAUCCUUAAUUUAUAACAUUGUGUUGGCAGUGUAUCUGACAGAUCACAUUCAUUUGGUUGUAACUAAGAUAGUUUCUUCUAGUUCGAAAUUUUUACUGACGUUCUGAUUAUCCGUCUUUAUUUGGUAAUGAUUUUGUCGCUAUUAUUCUCAUCCCUACAAAUCAAAAAAUGUGUAUUGCAGUGCCAAAAAUAUCUCCUGUACCUUCAAAAACACUUUUACAUUCAUAAAGAGGGAGACUUUUCUGAAUUAUUCGCGUCCCAUAGUUAGCAGAAAGAUGGUUCGACUACUUCACAGAUAAAGCGAGUUGGUAUAUGUGAAUUAACACUUUUGAUCCGUGCCAAGAUUUUGUCAGCCACCAACUUCUUAGGACCGUAACUUUGAGGAUAAAUAAACUGGUUAACACGUUUGACUACGUUACUCUCUAUAGUCAGAGUGGAAGUUAAUGCAGACCAGUUUUGGAAUUAGUGGUAGACAAACGCAUCCCAAACUUUCUCAGAUUGUUGCUCAAGCUGUUGAAAAGACUCCGUUUGUCAUUAAAUGAAACUUAUUUACCUACCCUGUCAUUGACUGGCUAUAUAAGUAGGUGACCAAUACCCGGAAAGUCAGGCGGAAAAGCUUUGGUUUUCGAGGUAUACCUUUUAAAAAAAUAAUAAAAAUGGAGAAUUUAUCAGUUUUCAUGAACUGCGCUUGAUGCAAAUAAUCCAUUUGAUAUUUUACCGUAAUCGUCAACUUUACCAAUAGUACCCAAAUAAGAAACCUUCAGUAGGUUUACAGACAUUUUUGGACUUGGAUGGAAUCUAACCGUUUAAUGUGACUAAAUUUGACGUCAAUAUAUACCUUCUUUUUAGAGCUUGUUACCUUAUGAAGAUUUAUCAGAAGGUGGUUUUGAGGAAAUUUAAUUUUUUUUCAGUUGAAAUCAAUUGACUCAUGAUUUCAAUUAUGAAAACUUGGCGAAUACUUCCACGACUAGGUUUAAAAUCUACAUAGUUUCCUCUGGUUCAAUGUUUCCAUCCUUCAUUUAAGUGUCAGGUGAUUAAGGAAGUUGAUAUUUUAGACCCGAUAUUAAUCGGAGUGAUUCAUCCGUGGCUAUCAAAAGUGGAUCUUUCUUAGAGAACAGUCGCAACCACUCAGGUGUAACGACUUCCAGCUUUUUAGAUCUGAUUAGUAAUUCAGCUAAUUUUAAUGUUAAUGCUAAGGCAUCAUUCAUAAAGACUUUUGAAACUAAUUUAAUAAAUCUUGAUGCUGUUUUUCGCUCCAAGGUAGCUAUUGUCUUUCAAAACUCACUUAAAUUCAGAUGGUUUACAUCUGACUCUCAUUCGAACUGUCUGUAAAUAGUUGCAAGUGGGAAGAGUGGCUGGAACCAAUCUAGGCUGUUUCCUAAAGUGUUCCAUCUGUCAUUCCAGUCGCCCAGGCUGAAAGUAGAUCACAGCUCCACAUAUUUCCGAGAUAGUCUCAGUGAUAGCUGACUUUUUAACUUAUGUCUCUCUCAUGAAUCUGGAAAGCUAUUCUGUGUUAAAUAUUGCAGCUGCCUUUUCCAUCCUUUCUGCUUUUGAUUACUACAUAGGCAUUUUGUUUACGUUUGAGUUGCCUCUAAUCAUUAUUGUGUUCAGACUCUGUAGAAAUCAAUUCAGUAAAUACUUCAGAAAUUCACUAUUCCUUUUCUAAGCAUUUUGAUGUACGCUGCUGACAGAUAUGUUUGUAUUUACACCUAGUUCAAUACCAUGCUGGAAUAGUUGGAGACGAAUAUCCUUCGUAUAUGGCUAUAAGUGUUCAGUUAUUUCUUCCUUGGGUAUAUCUGUAACAUUUACACUUUUAGACUAAGCUCCAAAAGACCUCUUUGUCCCAGUUAUUUUGGUCUUGUAACUGAACAUGAUCAAAAUCCAGAAAUGAACCCUAGAAAGAGCUGGAAAUUUCUAUCAAACUUCUUCAACAAAGAUUUAUUAAUGUCAUUCUUUGACUUUAUGUUCAGUGUCCUCAAGUCAGAUAAUGUUGUUAGUCCAUUACACGAAUGUUCACUUCACUAUCUGUUUCCAAACUAGAAUCAUACCGAUGGGAUCACUAGAAGUCAUUAAUAACGUAGAUGAUAGGUGAAUUGUUUUGGUUAUCCACACCGAUAGUAAGACUUCAUUUAUGGACGUUAUAUUUUUUCUAUCUUUAGCACUCUUCAAAUGAUCUGCCUAGGAUGGUAGAAUAUCAGGCAACAAAUAUUACACUCACUAUAGGUUGUUUCAGUCAUCACCAAGAAACUCCGAUCACUUCUUUAAUUUCACAUGCAGAUUAGAUGCCUUCUGUCUAGUAUUGUUCAGGUUAAAUAGGUUCCGACACUUCUUCCCAAAUAAUCCUUUCAUGUUGUCUUACAAGGUAAAAGCUUUGACCGUUUAAUUUAACGAUGUGAUAAAUGAUUAGCUAAAAAUUCAUCUAUUGUGAAAUCCUCCACAAAAUAAUAUGGGUGUUGGUUGAUAAAAAGUCAGUUAAUGAAACACAUCCCCAUGACUAUUCUAUAGGUAUUUUAAAAACCCAUGACUCGUUAUUUUCAUUUUUGUCUAUUACUUAUACAGGGAUCCCGGAAUGGAAUAUAAGGAGGACUGGACAUCUGUUACUAAAGCUGCGCUUGCAGGUGGUAUAGUAACUAUUUUAGCAAUGCCAAACACUGAUCCCGCAAUAGUUGAUGAAAAUACCUUUAACAUUAUGAGCAGAAAUGCAGCAUCUAAAGCGUGUUGUGAUUAUGGUCUUUAUGUUGGCGCAUCAUCAGAAAAUGCUUUCACUGUUAGUUCUCUAUCUCACAAAGCUGUUGGACUCAAAAUGUAUCUUAAUGAAACAUUUACUUGCUUAUCGUUAGGCAAUAAGCUUAGUAUUUGGCGUCAACAUUUUGAAGUAAGAUGCAACAAAACUUUUUCUCUAUUACGACAGACAUUAUUAGUACUGAAGCUAUUAUUAUCUAUGUUAUUUAAAUGUCAUACAAAUUUAGCAUAGAGCAUAAUUUAUUAUUCAGAAUAUUUUCCAGAAAAACAUCAUUCCUUUGAUGUACAAAUGAAAAAUAACACUACAGUAAUCAUCUAUGUUUUUAGUGAAGUUCCGUUUUCUGAACCAGCUGGAACUUUCAUUGCUCUCAUAAAUACCAUCAUUGGCACAAACUUCAAGUAGAGGUGAAGCAUUCGAAUUUCUCCACAGUCUAUUAAAACUCAUCGAUUUAUUGUUAACAACAUAAAAUGUACGAACAGACAAAAGAAACACCGGUUGAAUCACCAGUAUCAGAACCUAUUGCAGAAGCAGUGAUGCAGAGACUGGAAGCAUCGACUUUACCCGUGAUCAAGCCGAAAAUAUGAAUUCCUUAUGUGAAUGACACAUUCGUCAUGAUCAAAAAGAACGCGUUGGAAAACACCUACAGUUUGAUCAACAAAGUCUUCGAUGAAAUAUAAUUCACAACAAUAAAGAAGUCCAACAACAAACUAUAAUUCUUGAAUGUAUUAAUCGCAGGAACCAACACAGGAAAACUAAGGACAUAAGUAUAUCGGGAACCAAUUCAUACGGAUCAGACUCGCGACUAAGGCAGCAACAACCUAAUAACUCGCAAAAUUUACUUCGUAAAAACGUUUUUUAAAAUGUUGAGAACACAACAGCACACUUACAGAGUCGAGAAAUGAAGAAAAAUAUCUUUUAAUAGAGUGGCUAUCCAAUCAGCUUCAUUAAAAAAUAUCAAUCCAACUCAUCGGCCAGACUGUAAGCAAAUACAGAAACCAACAAACGGAUCAUUUUACAAUAUGAAUAAGCAAUAUUGGAAAUUACAACGAAAUUAUUGAAGCCGUUUGAAAUAAGUGAAGUAUAUGAAUCGGCAAACCGAAGGAUGAAAUGAC